GCAUUUGGUCAAGCGUAUUCCACCCAGCGUAAGGUAGCCGAGGAUGGGGAAACCAAUGAGGAGACUCUGCUGCAAGAGUCCGCCACCAAGGAGGCCUACUACAUGGGACGCCUACUGGAGCUCCAGUCCGAGCUGAAGAAGAGCCGGGCCACGGCCUCCAACGCACAAGUCGACAAUGAGCACCUGAGCGCGCUGCUGCAGGAGCUGAGGGAGAGUAACGAGAUGUUGGAGCUGCAGCGGACCCGGAUGCGAGAAGAGCUCGGGGAGUACAAGUUUCGAGAAUCGCGGCUUCUUCAGGACUACACUGAGCUAGAGGAGGAGAAUAUCUCUCUUCAGAAACUGGUGUCAACACUCAAACAGAGUCAGGUGGAAUAUGAGGGCCUGAAGCACGAAAUCAAGGUGUUAGAGGAGGAGAUGGAGAUCCUCAACAGCCAGCUUCAGGACGCUCUGCGCCUGAAGGACAUCUCCGACUCCCAGCUGGAGGAGGCGCUUGAGUCUCUGAAGAGUGAGCGUGAGCAGAGGAAACACCUGCGUAGAGAGCUCGUCCACCAUCUCAGCAUGUGCGACGUGGCCUACACUGGCAGCGCGCAUCUAAUGUUCUCCUCUGCCCCACCCAGCGGCACUGCCACGCCAACCACACUGCUCUCCCCGAGCUCAGAGGAGCCAUCAAGGUGUAAUGGCCACCUCCAGAGUGGGACGGCUGUGGGUUUGGCGUCCAGGGCUAACGGGGCUGGUCUGAAAGUCGAGGGGGCAACUACAGCGGACCUUUUCAGUGAGAUGAAUUUGACUGAAGUUCCGAAGCUCAAGCAGCAGCUCAUGACGGUGGAACGUGAGAAAGCAGGACUGAUGAUCAGCCUGCAGGAGUGUCAGACCCAACUCCAGCACACACAAGGAGCCCUGGCGGAGCAGCAUGAAAAGGCCUGCCACCUUAGUAAAACUGUCAUAGCGCUUCGCCGCCUCAAUCGAAGAGCAAACCAGGAGGCCCACGCCUUUCAGCUUAACUCCGAGGCCCUGAUGGAAUUGGACAAAGACCAGGAGUUGUCUGCUGCAGAGCAGGAAACCGAGGAGGACAAAGCUGAAGCGCAGAGUAGAUGUCAAAUGUUUUCGUAUCAGACCCCCGGUCUAGAGAUUCUACAGUGCAAAUAUCGCGUGGCCGUAACGGAGGUGGUCGAGCUCAAAGCCCAGAUGAAAAUCCUGCGUGAGAAGUUGGCCCAGUGUGGAGACGGGGAAGCAGAGGAGAAGACAAGGAGGUCCGGUCAACUCCAGAAGCUGGAGAGGCAGGUGUCAUCGUUGGAGAAGAGCUGCCAACAGGGACGGGACAAGAUUUCCACCCUGGAGCUGGAGCUGCAAGCAGCUCAGUCAGCAGCGGGUGAGAGCCAGGGGGCUUUGAACGCAGCUCAGGACGAGCUGGUGACCCUGAGUGAGGAGCUGGCUCAGCUGUAUCACCACGUCUGCCUGUGCAAUAAUGAGACGCCCAACCGUGUCAUGCUGGACUACUACAGGCAAGGCAGAGGGCUCAGGGGCCUUUGCGCUAGCCUCAAAGCCAUGUCCUCAGACAACAGCAAAGUCCUCCUCACACCACGCCUCGCCAGGCGGCUGGCCGCGGUCAUAUCGACCACGUCCACCCCGGGGGAGUCCUCCCGGAGCCCCUCCGAGUCGCCGUCCAAAGAGCCUCUGUCCGGACAGGGCCGGAAAGAACAGAAGGAGGUGGACAAGGAAGCUCCGCAGGCCCCGUGUGAGCAGAGCCUGCCGCCCUGCACGCCUCCCACUCGUUCGCCCAGCAUCAGUGCCUCCUCAUCCUCGUCAUCUUCGUCAUCACCUGCUCUUGAACCACCGGGCGAGAUGCGCAGGGAGCCCAUGAACAUCUACAACCUCAACGCCAUCGUUAGAGACCAGGUGAAACACCUCCAGUGUGCGGUGGACAGGUCCUUACAGCUGUCCAGACAGAGAGCAGCGGCCAGGGAACUGGCCCCUCUUCUGGACAAAGACAAGGAGAGCUGCAUGGAGGAGAUCCUGAAGCUCAAGUCCCUACUGAGCACCAAGAGAGAGCAGAUAGCCACCCUGAGACUGGUUCUUAAGGCUAACAAACAAAGUGCAGAGGUGGCUCUGGCUAACCUGAAGAGUAAGUACGAUGCAGAGAAAUCCAUGGUGACCAACACAAUGACGAAGCUUAGGAACGAGCUGAAGGCCCUGAAGGAGGACUCCGCCACAUUCUCCUCUCUGCGAGCCAUGUUUGCCACCAGGUGUGAUGAGUACGUGACACAGCUGGAUGAGAUGCAGAGGCAGCUGGCCGCGGCCGAGGACGAGAAGAAGACCCUGAAUUCUCUCCUGCGGAUGGCCAUCCAGCAGAAGCUGGCCCUCACCCAGCGCCUGGAGGAUCUGGCCUUCGAUCAAGAGCAGUCUCAUCGGACCCGGGGGUCCAGGCUGACCCGUGGGAAGACCGGCACCCCCAAAGUAAGUCCCCCAGCGUUGGCCUCCAACGUGACCCAGGGCUCCGCGUCAGCCUUGGCUCCGGGCAGUAUCUCCUCGUCCAGGCUCACUAGCCCCACUUCGGCUUUUUUUGAUGAUCUUUCAGGCCCCCUCAGCCCGUCUGUGGUCAGCGCGGCCGCCGCCGCCCUGGCCUCGGCCCUGACCUCCCCCACCUCGCACAAACCCCCGCGUAGUCCCUCGUCCCCGUCGGUGGCCUCGCUAGCCGGCCCCGCGGCGCCAGAGAGCCCCCCCUCUCUGGAGGCCCCGCCCCCUCCCCCCACGCAGACCCCGCCCUCCACCCCCCUGAGGCUAGCUCACUCCCAGUGGACCUUAGGGGUGCGGACGUUCACGGUGGACUCCCACAGCUUCAGCGUGGACGUCUCCCCAGCUCCGCCCCCCCGGAGCUCGGGCCUGUCCAGGCACUACGCCUCGGACGCGCACGCGUCCUCCCCGUCCGGCACCGUCCCCCGGUCCGCCCAGUCCGGAUCGGCCCCCGCCUCCCCCUUUCGCUCCCCCAUUUCGGGACUCAGGCGCCCCACCUGGACCCCCUCGCCUCGAACUCGGCCCCUGUCCGGCAUGACGCGCUCCUCGGUCCUCCACACCACUUCCUCGUCCUCCCAUUACACCCCCUCUUACUCCCCCUCCCUCUCCCACGGCUAUUCCUCCUCCUACCACAGCUCCACCCCAUCUUUUACUCCCUCGAGCUCCUACCUCACCCCCGGCCCUUCCAGCUCCUACAACCACUCCAGCCACUACACGCCUCUUUACCCCAGAUACUACAGUUCGUAUAGGCCUCGGGAAUAA